GAAAUAUAAUAUUUCUCUUUGGGUUGACAGCUUGUAGUUUGUAUGCGGGCGUGUUUCUGUUUUAAUUAAUUUUAUUUAAGAUAAGUAGUUUCAAAAUAAAUAAAAAUGAUAAAGUGGACUGGAAAUCACAGUGAAUCGGGUAUUCUUAGGAAAAGUGAACCGAAAGAGAAGAAAGAAGAGUUAUUCGUGUUCGGCUACUCGUGCAAAUUGUUCAGGGACGACGAUAAAGCUCUGCACGUAGAUCAAGGCAAACACCUCAUUCCGUGGAUGGGGGAUGAAACGUUGAAAAUCGACAGGUAUGACGCUAGGGGCGCAUUGCACGAUCUCACCGCCUUGGAGGCACCGUCUGGUGGUUACGACUGGCGUGUGGAACUCACCAGGAAUGAGCUUGAAGUGGAACAGCUGUGCGAUGAGGAGCGGUACAGGGCUUUACACACCGAUGAGGAUGAAGAAGAGAUGUAUAAAGAGGAAGAAUUGAAACGCCUCCACGCGGGCUACGGUCAAGUGGGGUUCAACUACGACGCGCCAGCCGAACCCGAACCGUCGUCGCAGCCCGCCGAGGUCGACGAGCCGUUUUUGCCCACUGCAUCAUUCAAAGCAUUAUUACCAACCGAUAUAUUAUAUCCUGAAACUCAAAAACAAAAUGCAAUAAUAGAGAAAACCGCGAAGUUCAUCGCAAGCCAGGGUGCUCAGAUGGAGAUACUAAUCAAAGCAAAGCAGGGUGACAACCCGCAGUUCCAGUUUUUGAAUAAGGAUUCUGAACUCAACCCAUACUACAGUGCUCUGAUUGCUUUGGUCAAGUCUGGCAAGUGGCCCGAGAAGAAGCCUGAAAUUGUUGAAGAGAAGCCUCCAGAAGCAGAGGAGUACUUACAUCCAAGCUUAGCAUCUACUGUUAUUGAAUCUGCGCCAUCCAUCCCGUCGAUCCAGUACAAGCCGUCGGCGGACUGCGACUACACGCUGCUGGUGUGCCGCAUGCAGGGCACGGUGCCCGGCGAGUACAGCGAGCGCGCGCCCGGCGAGGUGGCGCCGCCCGGCACCGAGCCGCUGCCGCCGCGCGCCGACAUAUCGCGCCCGCCCGUCAUGUACAACACCGCCGAACGAGCUGCACAACCAGCGCAAGCGACCCCCUAUCAGCAGUACGCGGCGUAUUACCACCAAUACUUGGCUCAACAGCAGGAACAAUUGCAAGCGCAGAAACAAGUGAAGAAAGAACAGCCUACAUUGACGAAGUCUACAGGACUCAGUCUCAUGAAGAAUUAUAAUACGGACUCGGAGAGUGACAUGUCUGGUGAAGAUUACGAUGACGAUUCAUCAUCCGAUGGCAAAGAAAAGGUUCCGGUUAUAACACCACCCGAGGACAUUCAAGUGGUGAUAGAAAAGAUGGCGGCGUACGUCACACGCAACGGCGACGAGUUCGCAGACAUUGUGCGGGCCAAAAACGAUCCCAGAUUCACGUUCCUUGAUCCAGAAAAUAUAUACUAUCCAUAUUAUAAAAAACUGAUGCAGGAGAUGAGGCCAAGGAAGUCUUCUGCACCAGUGUCAUUCUCAAUAAAGAAGCAGAAAGACCCAGAUCCAAUACUGCCUAAACCGGCGCUACCAUAUGAAUCAAGUUCUGACGAGGAUCCAGAGAAACAAGCGGAAAAACAUGCAGAGAAGGAAGCAGAAAAACCAGAAGAAGUAAAAGAACAACCGAAACCACCACAACAAUUCUAUCCAAUUAACAAUAUACCACCCAUUGUAGUUUAUAAAAUGGAAGGUCAAUUAACCCAAGAUCUUCCUACAAUAAGGGCCAUAGAACCCAUGAAGCCACUCAUGCCAAAACUACUACCAAUGCCAGAGGUUAAAGUACAACCAAAACAUGAAGUGACAUCACCAACUAUAGUUCUAAGUAAACCUGUGGAGAUAAUAAAAGAAAAAACUCCAGUUAAAGAGGAAAGAAAAGUUGAAAGAAUAAAAGAAAAUAGCCCAACACAAAGAAGGGAAAGAAGGAAACAUUCAGAUCGAAAAAGGGAGUACAGAAGUAAAUCUGAAAGCAGAGAGAGAAGAUCGGAAAGGAGAGAGGAGAGGAGUCCAGAUAGAGAAUACAGGAGAGCAAAAACGCCGAAAAAGAAAGGAAAAGGAAGAAAUAUAAAGAAGAACUGGUGGUGAAU